GCACAGAAACGCCACCUGCCAAUAUGCAGCUUCCAUUACAGGCUUCACUGAAUUCAACCACCGCCCUAAAAUGCCUACAUUUGCGCAUGCUUCUCCUGCUUAUUUUAUCAGCAACCACCUCCUUCUCCGGCCAAAUUGUCAAGUACCUUCCAGGAUACGACGGUGAACUCCCAUUCAAGCUCGAAACUGGAUACAUAAGCGUCAAUGAGUCGGAGCUGUUCUACUAUUUUAUAGAGUCGCAAGGCAAUCCUGAAGAAGACCCUCUAUUUCUUUGGAUGACUGGUGGCCCUGGCUGUUCUUCAUUCAAUGGAUUAAUCUAUGAAAUCGGACCGUUGGAGUUUGAUAUUGACAACUACACGGGGGUUUACCAAGAUUUAAAUACUACCCUUAUGGAUGGACAAAGACAGCUAGCUUCAUAUUCCUAGAUUCACCUGUUGGCACUGGUUUCUCUUAUUCUACUAACUCGGACGCCUGGGCUUCCUCUGACACUGCAGCAGCCAAAGAAGCCUAUGAGUUCCUUAGAAAGUGGCUGACUGACAACCCUAAAUACCUGGCUCUUGAACUUUUCAUUGGCGGUGAUUCUUAUUCUGGCAUAAUUGUUCCUCUAAUCACCAAGCUUGUUGUAGAGGGAAAAGAAGCUGGAACCCAGCCAAUUAUGAAUCUGAUAGGGUAUUUGCUCGGGAGCCCAACAACAGAUCAAGUGAUUAAUGAAAAUUCCAAAGUUGUAUUUGCUCAUCGCAUGGCGCUUAUAUCAGACGAACUAUAUGAGGACCUCAAAGUGUAUUGCAAUGAGUCCUACGUAAAUAUAGAUCCAUCCAAUACAAAGUGUAUAGCUGCUUAUGAAAUUUACGAAAAGUGCGUUAAAGAAUUAUUUCGCAAUGAUAUUUUGGAACCGAAAUGCACUUUUGCGUCGCCAGACAAGGUCCAAGAAGAACUGCCACACAGGGCUCUACAAGAAAAUCCCACAAAUUUCAUCCUUUCACCACCAAAAAUUCCUGAUCUCUGGUGUCGGACUUUUAAUUAUGCGCUCUCUUACAUGUGGAUGAAUAAUGACCAAGUGCAAGAUGCUUUGCACGUCCGAAAGGGAUUUGUAUCAGAUUGGAAGAGAUGCAACAAGAGUUUAUCAUAUACCAAGAAUGUCCAGAGUGUGAUUGAUGUUCAUCGAUAUCUCAGUACAAAAGGGUUACAAGUUCUAGUUGAAUGUGGAGACCGAGACAUGGUUGUUCCGUUCGUUGCCACGGUGGAGUGGAUAAAGAUGCUGAACUUGACUGUUGUAAACGACUGGCGACCAUGGUUUGUUGAUGGGCAAGUCGCUGGAUUUACCGUGAAGUAUUCAGAACAUGGAUAUCGGCUGACUUACGCAACUGUAAAGGGCGGGGGGCAUACGGCUCCAGAGUACUAUCGAAGAGAAUGUUAUGAAAUGUUUGACAGGUGGAUCCAUUGGUAUCCCUUAUAGCUCCUGUGAUUAUUAAAAUGGAGCUGAAUAAACAGGCAAUGGAAGGUGCUUGAAAUUCAAGAGAGGAGAAUAAUUUAAUUCUAUUUUUGUUGUAAGCCAUUUUGGUUUCUCUUGGACUGCAUGUGUUGAUGUACUUUGAUGGAUUUAUGAGUUUUGAUUAUCAAGCUUGAAUAA